AUGCUCCUUAAAUUUUCAAAGUCGGAUAUCCUGAAUUCAGCUCUCGUCUAUCCUGAGACCGGUGCUCUUGGAUAUACCAUCCUUACCAGGUCUCAUUUUAUUCGCGACAGUGGUAAGGAUUCAGACACAGAAAGCGAAGACGACAAUGGGGAGACUCGCAGGACGAUCAUAUAUAAUAAACUAGGGAGGUCACUGCUGAGAUCGGAGAUUGUCAUCGGCAAGGAAAAAAUCAUCGGAGCGAAAGGGAUGUUUGGGUGCUCGAGUGCCAUAUUAUCUCGCAAUGUCCUCGGCAUACCUACACGCUUCGACACGGAAUACUUUUGGAUGGCAGCACCAGAUGCACUAACACUUCUUGACUAUGAUUCAAAUCAGACGAAAGGUUCUUUUCACACCAAUAGUAUGCGUGUGGGCGAACACUUCAUUGCCGCUCCGAUAUCCGGUCUAGGACACGACUAUCUGGAUUUUGAAACGCAUCCCCUCGCAUCAACAGAGGAACUCCUCGUUUCAUUCAUCCUGAUGGAAGUUCUCCGCCGAAGUCGCUUCAAUCUCCAUACAGACUCAUCAGAUCGUUCGAAGCUCUGGCGGAGUACACCGCUCGCCAAUUGGGGCCGACGAUUACGACGCAGAUCUAUUUGA